UGCUUUUGGCUACGCAUGCUGAAGCAAUUUGUUGUGGCUGAACCCGAGAUUCAGGACCAAGAGGUUGACCAGGACUAUGAAUUGGUUGUGCUCGCCAGUGAUGGCCUUUGGGAUGUCGUACCUAAUGAGGAUGCCGUUCAGAUAGCGCAAACAGAAAAAGGAGCUGCUUGUAAGCUGACGGAGACUGCUUUUGGUCGUGGUAGUGCCGACAAUAUCACCUGCAUUGUCGUCAAGUUCCACCACGACAAAGCAGAUCCUGAAGAACCACCACCAUCACCACCACAGCAGAAUUUUGAGGUCAAACCCGAGUCAGACGAAACUCAGGAAAACGACAAAGUUGAUGAAUUCUCCGACACGUAAAUUUGCAUGAUCUGCAUAUGCUAGUAUUUUGGUUGUGAUUUGUUUAUUCAUUGGUUUGUUUCUAAAUAUUCACUCUGUCUUUGUAAUUCAAAUAUAUUGGAGGUGUUUUUUU